AUGUCUGCGACAUCGGGCAAGGUCUUCUCCAUUCUCGGCAAGAACCUCAAGGCCAACACCAAGGCCGACCUUGAGCCGUACCUCUCAGAGCUCGAGGCUAUGGAGGAUGUCGAGGAGGUCCACUUUGGCGCCAACUCGCUCGGCGUCGAGGCCUGCGAGGCCAUUGCCGCUGUCCUCAAGGACAAGAAGCACCUCAAGAUUGUGGACCUUGCCGACAUCUUUACUGGCCGUCUGAUCUCUGAGAUUCCCCAGGCGCUCUCGGCGCUGUGUGACGCUCUGAUCGGUAGCGAGAGCAUUGUCGAGCUCGACCUUUCCGACAAUGCCUUUGGCGGUCGUUGCGCCGACGCACUUGUCCCCUUCCUCCAGAACAACACUGCGUUCCAGGUGUUCAAGCUCAACAACACCGGCCUGGGUCCCUUUGGCGGCAAGGUUGUCGCUGACGCGCUGCACGAGAACGCCAGGCGCGUCAAGGACGCCGGCAAGGAGUCCAACCUCCGUGUUGUGGUGUGUGGCCGCUCGCGUCUUGAGAACGGCAGUGCCCCACACUGGGCUGCUGCGUUUGCCGCGCACGGACGUCUCACCGAGGUCCGCCUCCCGCAGAACGGUAUCCGCAUGGAGGGUAUCGCCAAGCUCGCCGAGGGUCUCUCGCAGUGCCCCACCCUCGAGGUGCUCGACCUCCAGGACAACACCGCCACGCGCUCGGGCACGCGCGCCAUUGUCCGUGUCCUCGAGAAGUGGAGCAGCCUCCGCGCCCUCAACCUGUCCGACUGCCUGCUCGGCAAGGCCGGUGGUAUCGCCCUCGCGACCUCGCUCUCGCUCGGCUCCAACCCCAAGCUCGAGUCGCUCAAGCUCCAGUACGGCGAGUUUGACAAGCGUACCGUCGAGCUCCUGUCCGUCGCCAUCUCCCAGCACCUCAAGCACCUGACCGAGCUUGAGCUCAACGGCAACCAGAUCGACGCCGAGGACGAGUGCUUCGACGAGCUCCGCAAGGCUCUUGCCCUGCACGACCACGAGGACGCACUUGACGAGCUCGACGACAUGGAGGACCCCAACAGCGACGAGGAGUCUGAGACUGAGGAAGAGGAGGAGGAGGAGGAGGAGGAGGAGGAGGAGGAGGCCGAGGCACAGGAGACCCCCGAGUCCAAGGCGGGCGAGGACGACGGCGUCGACGCCGGUGUCGACGAUGUCGAGAAGAAGCUCCCGCCCGUCUCGGACGCUGGCGUUGACGAGCUUGCUGACGUGCUUGCUGGCGUGCAUGUCAAGAACUAG